UGCAGAGGGUUUGACAAGUUUAACCAAGGUAGGAUUUGUCAUUAAUGCAAACUAAAAUACUUACUUGGAAUAAUUUACUCAAACUGCGACUCUAGAAGUUUUCUUUGACCAGAAGCGCUAUCGCCCGAGUAUUGAACCUUCAUUCAAGAGGCAGAAUGCGGGUAAUUUGCACACUGGUACUGCUCUUUGUGGCGUCCUGUUCCACGGCGUUCAAACUAUUAACUAACAACGUCAAUGACAAAGAACAUCCUAAAGGAUUUGGUACGGCGAGGCACGCUGUCAUUAUAGGAAUUGAUGGAUUCGGCGGAGAGUAUCUGAGAAAUGUUUCGGGACAACUUCCAGCUAUCCAGACGUUUUUCGACUACGGUGCCUUCUCAACCAAAGCCAGAAAUAUUGCACCUACUAUCAGCGCUCCGAACUGGGCCGGAUACCUCACAAGUAUGGAUGUGACUCAGUCAGGCGUUUACAGCAACUACUGGACGGACGUCGAUGGUAACCCCCCAGGAGAGGCAGGUCAUCUCCCCCCGGUAUCAGGACGCGGUCGACCACAAACCAUAUUCAGUGCUAUCAAAGAACAAGAUCCAUCAGCUAAGACGUGGAUACUUUACACAUGGAACUGGUUCACGCAAAUUGCUAAAAAUAAUCCGCAUGUUGAUCACUGGUACAAGUGUUAUGAUCCUUGCCGGCCAGGAGAGAGCGCUUAUGAUUGUGAAAAUAGACAAGACUGGGACGUUACGAGGAGGACUGUCGAGGCCAUACAGAAUGAUAAACCAACUUUAACAUUCGUUCAUUUUGACGCUGUUGAUGACGCUGGUCAUCAUACUUACUGGGGAAGUGACGUGUACUAUGAAAUAGUCAGACAAAAAGACGUGCAAGUCGCUACCAUCUUAAACACUCUUGCGACAACCAAAACCUCGUCAGGAAACUCGAUGUUGGACGAAACUAUCGUAGUAAUAAUCGCGGAUCAUGGCGGCUAUAGAAAUGGCCACGAUUGGACACCACCUUUUAUUGCCGAGGUUCAUGUACCUCUUUUAUUCAAAGGGCCGGGAAUCAAGAACGUGGACAUGGACAAACUGGAUUAUCGUGAUAUAUCGAGUCUUGAUAUGCCAGUGACUGUCCUCAAUGCUUUGGGUAUCGAGCCAGGGAAAUACAUGAGAGGAAGAGUUCUGGAGGAAAUGUAUUGAACUA